AUGGUUGGAAUUCAGGUUUUGGCUGACAAGUUGGUCCAAAUUCAAGCUGCUAGCAUAGCUAGAAAUUUGCCUGUUAUUGAAAAGAAGAUCAAUGACAAGCUGAAUUCUUACUUUUCAGAACUCAACAAAUUGCCGAAAACUCUGUCAACUGUUACUGAGGCCAUGACUGCUUUUAUGCAGAUCAUUGGAGCAUCCAAAGAAUCACUUAAGAAGAUUCUUUUGAUGGGAGAAUUUAACGAGUUCCCGCAUGACCAACAAAUGCAUUGCACGGCUAGGCUGGUUGAGAUGCUCGAUCAGUGCUCAUAUCAACUUCACGGGUGCAAUGCGAGUGACUCCAAAAGUAAUUUCUUAAUGGAGGAGAUUGCGAUUUUGGAGGAGGCAAAAGGUAUCAACCUUCCCAAUUUUGUUCAGCGCAAUGCUUUUCUUAUAAUUUUGCAAGGAAAAGUGAAAGGGAUUUCAGGCAUACCUCUUGAGUUUGUUGAGCACGUUUGGAAUUAUAUUGAGAAUGUGGUUUUGUUUGUGUUAAUGAGAAAUACAGAAAAAUAUUAUCAGCUUCAACCGUCUGUCAGAAGAGCAUGCCAAAAUUUUAUUCAAAGGAUGAAAGAAAGGUCCAUUCAUUGGAUGACGGAGAUUUUGGAAAUGGAGAAGCUGACUGAUUAUACAUGUAAUCCGGAAUAUGUAUCCGAAUGGCAUAGGCUCAUGACUGAACAAGAAACAUUCAUCACAAAGGUAUUUCGUAAUACCAAUGAUCUGGGACUUGGACCUCACAUAAAAGUAAAUGAAGAGGGAAUUGGGAUGGUUGAAGUUGGAGAUCUAAUGAAGUACCCACAUGUUCUAUUGUCUCAAGCUUUUGACUUGAAAAUGCGGAUGACUGCAUAUUGGAAUGUUGUGCUGAAAAGGUUGAUUGAUUCUAUGGCUUUGCAUUUGCAGCUGAGUGUUUCGAACCUUGUGAACAAGGACAUGGAGACGGAGAUUGUGAGUGAGUUAAUGGGACCUAACCAUGGUGUUGGGAUUGAGAGGAUGAUGGAGGAACCUCCAUCAAUUGCAGUGAAGCGUGAGAAGCUCAUCAAAAGCAUCAAAAAGCUCAAGGAGUCUAAAGAGGUUGUGUGUAAGAUCAUGGAUGGCAUCGUUACUUUUGCCAAUUAA